GAACUGUCGGCGAAAGCGCAGAUGCGUUUACAGAGCUGGACGGGCUAAACAUCUGUUAUACCAUAUAAAAACGGGAUCAACCGGAUCGGAGAGGACUCUAUAAUACCAGUCUGAAGUCUGUCAGAUGCUGUCCUUUGGAGAUGAGUCCCUAGUGACACCUCACUCCUGGACCCUCUCUAAGAUCCUAAGUACGGGAGUGGUUGUUGCAGUAACCAUGACAGCUUCACCGCUACGGACCAAGUCUUUUGCUAGACUCGUCAUCUUCCACCUCCUCUUUCUGCCUCUGGUCACAUCACAGACCCCAUCAUUCUCAACGACCUUUGACCCCAAGUCUGUGCCCUCUCUGCCUGAAGAGUGUCAUAGAAAAAUGCACCCUGUUACCUCCUACACAGCUUUGAGUCCGUGGCUGUUGUCUUUCUCUUUGCCUGGAGUGAAUGAUUACUCACCGCUAACUCUCGACCUCACCAGAAACCAGCUGAUAGUGGGAGCCAGAAACCAUCUCUUCAGGCUGAGUCUGAGCAACAUCUCUCUCCUGCAGGCAUCGGAAUGGGGUGUAGACGAGACCACCAGGAGAUCCUGCCAGAGUAAAGGAAAAACAGAGGAUGAGUGUCAGAACUACGUCCGUGUCCUCCUGUUGAAUGGCAGCCGUUUGUUCACCUGCGGCACUAACGCUUUCAUGCCCAUUUGUACGACGCGCCCCAUCACUGACAUCGCAAAUAUUCUGGAUUCUGUCAGCGGAGUGGCCCGCUGUCCCUAUGACCCAUGGCACAACUCAACAGCUAUGAUAACUGAGAGCGGAGAAGUUUAUGCAGCCACAGUGACCGAUUUCUCUAGCCGGGACCCCAUUGUCUACCGCGGUCUGGGGAACAUGCCACCACUGCGCACCGCCCAGUACAACUCCAAAUGGCUCAAUGAGCCUCAUUUUGUCUCGGCAUAUGAGGUGGGUCGCUUCACCUUCUUCUUCCUGAGGGAGAAUGCAGUAGAGCAGGAUUGUGGGAAGACGGUGUUCUCUCGUGUGGCCCGUGUGUGUCAGAAUGAUGUCGGAGGUCGUUUCCUGCUGGAAGACACCUGGACCACCUUCAUGAAGGCUCGACUGAACUGCUCUCACUCUGGAGAUGUUCCAUUCUACUACCAUGAGCUGCAGAGCACCUUCUACCUGCCUGAGCAGGAUCUUAUCUAUGGAGUCUUCACCACCAAUGUGAAUAGUAUUGCUGCUUCAGCAGUGUGUGCGUUUAACCUCAGUGCCAUCACGCAGGCCUUUAACGGACCCUUCCGUUAUCAGGAAAACCCUCGAACCAGCUGGUUAUCAACUCCAAACCCCAUCCCAAAUUUUCAGUGUGGGACGGUGAAUGAUUCAGGUCCGGGUGGUAAUCUAACUGAACGCAGUCUGCAGGACGCCCAGCGGCUCUUCCUCAUGAGUGACGUGGUCCAGCCCAUCUCCACAGAUCCUCUGGUCAUGCAGGACAACAUCCGCUUCUCCAGACUGGCUGUGGACAUCGUGCAGGGUAGAGACACGCUCUACCAUGUCAUGUACAUCGGCACAGAGUAUGGCACCAUCAUCAAGGCCUUGUCCACGGCCAAUAAGAGUCUGCGUGGAUGUUACCUAGAGGAGAUGAGCAUUCUCCCAGACAACGUGCAGGAGCCAAUCCUGAGCCUGCAGAUCCUGCACAGCGAUAGGUCACUUUUCGUGGGGCUUCACAGCAGAGUGCUGAAAAUUCCACUGGAGCGAUGCUCCAACCACUACACUGAACAGGACUGUCUGGGUGCCAGGGACCCGUACUGCGGCUGGGACAGGAAACAGAAACGCUGCACGACCAUCGAGGACAGUUCCAACAUGAGCCAGUGGAGCCAAGAUAUCACAAAGUGUCCAGAACGGAACCUCACCCAAGAUGGUGGCUUUGGCAAUUGGUCACUAUGGCAGCCUUGUAACCAUGAUGACGGUGGUGAAGGCAACAGUACAUGUCAGUGUCGAUCGCGACCCUGUGAUAACCCACAACCCCAGUGUGGAGGAAUGAAGUGUGUCGGGGCCAACAUAGAGGUGGCUAACUGCUCCAGGAAUGGAGGCUGGACUCCCUGGUCCUCCUGGACAGAUUGUAGCACCAGUUGUGGCAUCGGAUUUGAGGUCCGUCAGCGUUCCUGUAACAACCCAGCACCCAGACACGGAGGACGCGUGUGUGUGGGUCAGGCACGAGAGGAGAGAUUGUGUAACGAAAACAAUCCAUGUCCGGUUCCGGUAUCCUGGGUGUCAUGGAGUGCUUGGUCCACGUGUAGCGUUGCGUGUGGUGGUGGAGUGCAGUCUCGUGUUCGCUCCUGCGAGAACGGCAACACGUGUCCUGGUUGCCCGUUGGAGUAUAAGGCGUGUAAUUUGGACGCGUGUGCAGAGGUGAGGCGGAACACGCCCUGGACACCUUGGUACCCUAUUAAUGUGACCCAGACGGGGGCGAGACAGGAGCAGAGGGUGAGGUACACCUGUCGGGCUCUCCUCGCUGACCCUCACGACCUGCAGCUUGGCAAACGCAAGAUAGAGACGCGACUCUGCCCCCUGACUGAUGGAGCUACUGUCUGUGAAACUGACGGUCUGGUUGAGGACUUGUUAAGAAUGGGUCGACCCGUUACACGAGUGCAAGGAGCUGCCUGGUCGUCAUGGGAAACAUGGUCUUCAUGUUCUAAGGAGUGUUCUAAGGGCUUCCGAACACGCAAGCGCUCCUGUGGCACACCGGAUGGGAAGAGCAUUCCGUUUGCUUGCAGCGGGACACCAGUCGAGUAUCAAGACUGCAACAUUGAGCCAUGCCCAGUGAAGGGAGCAUGGUCGUGCUGGUCUGUCUGGUCUCAGUGUUCGAAUUCCUGUGGGGGCGGGUUCUACCAGCGCUCUCGUACCUGCUCUAGCCCCACCCCUGCUCAUUCUGGAGAUAUCUGCAUUGGCUUACACACGGAGGAAGCUCUCUGCAAUACACACGAGUGUGAAGGUGGAUGGGGGGCGUGGUCAGAGUGGGCGGAGUGUAACGAGGAGGGGCUUCAGCUUCGUAGUCGCGCAUGUGAAAUAAGCCCCGCCUCUUGCCAAGGAAAUACUACAGACCAGAGAGAGUGUCGGCCCAAUGAGAGCGCAGUGCUCUCGACAGGACAGAAGAGGAGCACAAACUGUAAAGGGUUCUCUCUGUUUCACUUGGUGCUAACUGGCGUUUGCUGUUUUCUGGGAGCCGUUCUCGCAUCUCUGCUGGUGUACCUGUACUGUCAGAGACUCCGUAAACCCCCCCAAGAGUCUGCAGUGAUUCAUCCCAGUACCCCCAAUCACCUGCACUAUAAGGACAACAGCUGUGCGCCCAAGAACGACUUAUACACACCCAUGGAGUUCAAGACUCUGAAUAAGAAUAACCUGCUUCCACCAGACGAAAGCUGCAACUUCUUUCAUUCGCCUUUGCCACAGACCAACGUCUACGCCACCACAUACUACCCCUCUCCUCUUGGCAAAUAUGAAUUUCCUUCCCUGGAUUCACCCUGUAGCUACAUGCACGGUUGAUCCGCACACAAUCACACACAUUUUAUACUUGAUUGUGUGUGUGUGACCAUGGUAACACACCCUUAUCUGUCCAUGCAGAUGCAUCGGAAAAUGCACAGAUAUACAGGACAAGUGUGUAACCAGAAUCUAAAAUGAAAAGAUGUAGGGAAAUGCAUCAGUGACGUGCAGAUACGAGGGACCCAAUGUAGUUUUCCAGUAGCAUUUUCUUCUGAAUUGGAAGUCAUGGGUUCAUUUGAUCACGUCACAAUAAUCACAUUCCUGACAUUCACGGAGCAUGCAGCACACUCGUUAAAGUUUUACAUUUAUGCAUUUGCUAUACGCUUUUAUACAGAGCAACUUUGUAUGAAUUUGUGUUUUGUGCACUCCGUGGCAUUCGAACCAAUGACUUUGGCAUUCCUAGUGUGACCCUCUACCAGUUGAGCUACAGGAACAAGCAAAAGGGAGUUUUGAGUAUCUGAGUUUGGAUGAAUUUUGUUGUUUUUCCUGACUUUAGUUGUGUGAGGGAACCAAUGAAACACAGAACUCCUUUGAGUCUGUCAAGGAUAAAGGAUUCCAGACAUCUGUGACAUCACACAAUAUGCUUGAACAUCUGUUUCUCCUUUUUUUUUGUCCUUUUUAUUGCGCCAAAACUCAAGAACUUUCAGUACUUGGAUGUGAGAAACCUGGAAUCAGGAUUACUGAUUAUACCAAUUAACGUCAUGGCAGAUGAGCCAGGAAAAGUAUGAAACUGAACAGGGGCUAUAUCAUAUAUGAUGGAUUUAUAAAACAGGUCGUCUAAUAAAAGGCUUUCUUCUAUGAGCUUUGAUCACGUGGAUAUAUAUAUGGCUUUCCACUUUUUCACUCCAUGACACGUCUGUCAGCCACUGGCUUUCAAAAUACACACAUUUUGAAGGAAUCGUUCAUCCAAAAAUGAAAAUUGUGUCAUAAUUUAUUCACCUCCAUGCCGUUCCAAACCAGAAUUUUUUUCUUCUGUGGAACACAAAAGAAGAUAUUUUGAAAAAUAUCUGAGAUGCUUUUUUUUCCAUGCAGCAAAAGUACACAGUGAGCAAAAAUGAAAAAAAAAAAAAUGAAAAAAGUACCAUAUGACUUAUAUUCCAAGUCUUCUGAAGCCAUAUGAUAGCUUUGUAUGAGGAAAGAUUAAAAUUUAAGUUGU